AGCAGGGCCAGGAUCUGAACCUGUUACCACUACGGACGAGCCCCUCCUUGAAUGCAUUCGAUUCUCACGGCCAGCAACGGCAACACUCCAACGCACACACAAAAGGACAUCCAACCCUGUGAAACAGGUUGCCAUGGGACCGAGAAUGGGACCAGAAUGGGAACCAGAAUGAGAACAGGACGAUGACAAGUCCUGAAGUAGGCGCUUCGUUUUCGUUUCGUUUCGUUUUUAUUGAUUCAGCUCGUUGAUCAUAAUAAACGAUUAGUGUAGCACCGGAGGAUCCUUGCUGAUCCUUUAGAUUUUGCGCUGAGAAAUUCCUCAAUUUUUUAUUGUUCUGUUAUCCUUUUUGUGUGCACGAUAUGAAGAUAUGGGGAUGAAGCAGGGGCUGGGAAUAUUAGUUAGUAGGUUCGCCCUCG